AUGGCGGUAGUUCCAGCAGUUUGGGCUGGCUCUCAUGCCGAAUACGUUGUGUCACAGGAAGCUUGUUGCUCGCGUAAGCCAUCGAACCUGAACUUCGCAGAAGCAGCUGCCAUGCCUUACGCCGCCAGUACGGCUUGGGCGGCUCUUGUUUGCGUGGCAAGGAUGAACCCACGUUCGAAGCCAAGUGAACGAGUAUUAAUUCAUGGUGGAGGUGGUGGAGUUGGUACAAUGGCUAUCCAAAUGUUGAAGGCAUGGGGAACCGAUAAAGUAGUUGUCACAUGCUCUAAAGAUAGGAGCAGCCAGGUGAUGGGCGAAACGAUGAAAUAUUCGUUCAGUUAA